GCUCCUCGUCGCAGUCGCAGUCCGGCGAGUUCGUCGACGGCGCGCGGAACGUUUCCACACGCAGAUACCCAACACCAGCAGACGCGAUCGCGAAGCGCAAAAUUAUCAACACGCGAUUAUUACCAAUUUUUUUUUCGGUGUGUAUCACAUAAUACACUAUUAAAUCUAAAUCUUGCCGGCGUGUGUUUUGUCGAAGGACGAACGAAUUUGUGACGCAAGUUAUUGGAUAAAAACCAUGUUGUCAUCGGUUGCAAAUGCAGUGAUAACGUACUUGUGAUAAAAUUUACGUACUGAAAUCAUCACAGUUUGGUAAAAAAAAUGGCAAACCCUGAUGCGCCCACCGCUCCUUUGACCAAUGGCAGCACAUGGUCCACCUCAAACGGCACGAAAGCGUCGAAUAACAACGCGCCCACCAAUGGUAACGCCCGUUUGCACGCCCAUGAUGACGACCACCACCUACCCAGCGAGCAAACUCAGCUAACCCUACCGCAGAGUAAAUCGUUCUCCGUCAACGGCGAUGCUGAUUUCGACGAAAGUGACACCGAAUGCGGCCUAGGACCAUGCGCGCCCAACUGGUUACAGAAAUUCGCAUCCAAGCAAGCUUUCCUCAUGGUAUUCUGCAUUGCAUGGGUCCUGCAGGGAAUGUACCAUACAUAUUUCGUCAGCGCAAUUACAACCAUCGAGAAACUGUUUCAAAUCCAAUCAAAAAUCACCGGGAUUAUUAUGAGCGCGACCGAAAUCGGCCAGAUUGGUUCCUCUCUUUUACUGACCUAUUAUGGCGGUCAAGGGCAUAGACCCAAGUGGAUAGCAUGGGGUAUGGUCCUGUUUGCUGUCUCGUCUUUCACCUGCUCACUGCCACACUUUAUCUAUGGGAAACAAUUGAUUAACUCGAAUGAUUUGACUGGGAUUCAUAAAGAUCCGAGUAUUUGCAAGGCGAAUUUGAGUGAAGUGAUGGAGAUGUCCAUGUUGACUGAUAUGGAGUUUGAUGGUAUGCCACACAUGGCGGAGAAUUGGGUUGCGGAGCAUCGGAUACAGCCAUCAGUGACGAAAAUCGUGCUGGCGAUAUUUUUCAUCAGUUUGCUAGGUGUUGGAAUGGGUCAGACUGCUGUUUAUACUUUGGGGAUACCCUAUAUUGAUGAUAACGUCGCAAGUAAAGAAUCACCGUUGUAUUUUGCUAUUACAAUUGGGGUUAGAAUUUUGGGUCCUGCCCUGGGUUUCAUCGUCGGAUCACUUUGUACGAGUGUCUAUGCUGAUUUAUCAGUAGAUCCGAAAAUAGACGCGACAGAUCCACGUUGGGUUGGUGCAUGGUGGUUAGGUCUAGUAUUAAUUUCUGGAUUACUAAUGUUGACUUCAUUCGCGAUGUUUGCGUUCCCGAAGCGAUUGCCAAGCGCACCACAGCCGCGGAUUCAUCGCAACGACCGGAAGCAUCCGAGCAUUAGAGAUUUCCCAAAGACUGUUAAAAGACUGCUGAAGAAUGAUAUUCUCAUGUUUCGGACAGCGAGCAGCGUGUUGCACAUCCUGCCAAUCGCCGGGCUGUAUACAUUUUUGCCUAAGUAUCUCGAGUCGCAAUUUCGGUUGCCUACACCUUCAGCUAACAUGAUAUCUGGUGUUGGUGGUAUUCUCGUCAUGGGCCUGGGCAUAAUCAUCAGCGGGGUGUUCAUCUUGCGAGUGAAACCAAACGCGCGAUUCGUCGCCGCGUGGAUCGCCUUUACAGCCGUAAUUUAUGCAUUAGGUAUGGGUAUACUGAUGUUCAUCGGUUGUCCGAUGCAUGAGCUGCAGGGCCACGGCCUGUCCGAGCCGGUGUGCAAUACGACGUGCAGCUGCAGCGGCGACCGUUUUGCGCCGAUCUGCGGGCAGGACGGUCUCUCGUACUACUCGGCGUGUCACGCAGGUUGUCGGAAUUACACCGAGCGUGAUGGGAAAAUCGUCGAAUACUCGGAUUGCACAUGUUUACGAGACGUCUAUGAUAAUGCCACGCUUAUUAUUGCGGAUGAGCCAGGCGCGCCGUUUCGAAGCGCGUCGAUUGGCUCAUGCGAGGCGCCGUGUAACAACUUCAUCUGGUACAUUAUACUUUUCUCCGUCUUCGUCUUCAUUCACUCGACGUCUGAAGUCGGGUCAAUGUUACUAAUUCUACGGUGUGUUGACCCAAGAGAUAAAGCGAUGGCGCUGGGGUUAAUACAAUUCGCGAUUGGGUUGUUCGGGAAUGUUCCGUGUCCGAUCGUGUAUGGCGCUGUCGUCGAUUCGGCGUGUUUGGAUUGGAAAACGGUGGAUGACGAGAAGGGCGCGUGUAAUUUCUAUGAUUCAAGCACUUUCCGUAUGUUUUAUCAUGGGACAACUGGUGCAAUCCUAUUAUGCGCAUUUUUCGUCGAUGUGAUCGUGUGGUACAAAGCAGGCAGUAUAAAUUUCGUCGACGAGCAGGUGCCGCUCGAAGAGGAGUUGGCGGCCAUUACAGCGAAGCAACGCGGCGCUGACAACUGUGAGUAGCGCUGCUGCACCCAACCUCGCGCUUGCGCAACCACUACAUAUAUAUUGUAAAUAAUAUUUUUAUCGAUUGACACACAACACACAACAUGCCGCAAUACGCCGGAUCAUAAUCAAAUAUCGAAAAUCAAAAUUCGUCGAGCAAUGAAAAUGAAAGUGAACGCCGGCGACGAUUGGCGAGCUGCUGUUUUACUGAGUAAGCAAACGUGCAUUGACGAUCUGUGAUAUAUUUAACUAGAUACUUUUUUUUGUUUUUUUUUUUACUUUAUAUAUAUAUUAUAUAUUAUAUAUGCGUUUUAGUAAGGAUUUUAUUAGGUUUCUUGGCUUCACAUCUGACGAUCACUUAAAACAAAAACGUCUUAAUGAUAACGAUUGUACAUACCGAUUUUUAUAUUUACACGCGACACAAACAGUGUUAGGAUGGACUAUUUACAAUAUUUAACUCUUUAACUUUUAUAUAUUGAUUGUUACACCACUACUAUUGGUAUAUGUAACAAAUAAGUGUUGUUUCGUUGUACGGACAUGUUUUUCACGAGUUAUUCGCUAACAACUUACACUUCACUUUUUACUGAACUUUUUUAGGUUAAAUUUUUAAAAAAACAAAAAAACUUACCUAAAUCUCUUCGAAUUGGCCUCGUGCAACACUGAAUUGACUACUACCUACAUAAACUAUUCUUGAUAAUUGUUCGAUUAUUAAGUAUUUAAUCAGUUAAUAACUUGAUGAAAACAUGUCUAAAGCACACUUUGCGAACACUUGCGCCUUAUUAUUUAAUACUCUAUACUACUUCUAACAGCGCUGCCUGCGCAUGCGCAGUUGAAUGCACUCGCCGCGCUUAGUUUAAUUCGUUAGUUAAGAGUUACCAUUAUUAUUAUGAUAACAUAGGUUUUAGGGCGAAUCUCGAAACCUGCCAUAAAAUAAACAAACGAUAUCACAAUCAAUCCAAACCAGCAAAUCAACACACCACAAUACCAAGUGCCAUCUGUUGGUACUCUAUAUACACUUAGAGUGUUCAAAUAUUUUCAAAUAUUUAAAACAGAACUGAAACAAAUGUAAACCAGAAGACUUGAAAUGUUUAAACAAUGGAACCACUACAUCACAAUAACCGAAUUCUAACAAGAAGUAUGAAACAAAAUAAUUCCAAUUAUAUAUUUGUAGGUUAUAUUAAUGUUCUUUUUAUAUACGUCACGUUUUAUUAUGUAUAGGUGUCUAUUUCGAGAGUCGCGCACACACAAAACACUUACACAUCACAUCACACCGGCGACGAAUAAUGUAAUUGUGUAAUUCUAUGGAACUAUUGUAAAAUAUUGCUCAGAAAUUUUAUAGAUAAUUUUAUAUAUGUAUGUAAACGAAUGGAACGAUGGUGGAAUGGUUAGAUGGCGGCGCGUGUUGAAGGUGUCACUAUGUGAUAUUUUGUUAACUCGUAGGUUUUUAUUUAACAUGUUGUUUUGCUAUCGAUGUAAUGUGAGCUAGAUAAGACACGGGUACAAGCGAGAGAACAUUGUUAUUGUUUAAAUCGAACAGAAAACACGCAAAUGAGACAUUACUAAUAUAACUAUUGUACAAUA